AUUCUAGUAAUGAACGACAUUAUAUACGAGUAUGUCCAUUGAGAUCUACAUCUACUUCGCUUUUGGGAUCCUUGCAAUGCUCAUCAAUAUCAGUUUUCUUACCAUUACUCUUUGUGUUCAGCAGAAAUCCGGAAAAUCAGCAAAAAGAAAGAAAGGAGUAUUCAAGAUGAUGUAUAUCACUCUCCUUUCCAGUAACUGUGCUAUGUUACUAGCUCCAGUUAUUCGCUACUGGGCAACCCAACUUGAAGUUUAUAACGAGUUGUGGUGUAUACUGAUAAGCUAUUUAAGUUGGAUAAGUUGCAGUGUUAACGUCUGCUCAAUACUUCUCAUCAGUAUAGACAGAUUCCUAGCUGUUAUGAACCCAUUCAGAUACGUUCAGCUUAUGAAAGCAGGUAAAGUUAUUGGACUUCAGAUAGUUUUUAUGGCGUGGAGUUUUAUCAUGCCACAGGUUGCGGGAACGAAAAGCGAUAUGAGAUACGAAUACAUCAAUGAGUUAAACUUCUGUUUACCAACUGAUAACAAAGUAUUGUUUCACGCUUGGUACCUAGUAUCCUAUAUAUUUCCUGCUGCUGUGGCAGUGUCCCUGAACGGAUUCAUCAUGAGAUAUCUGGUUCGUAGAUUGUCAGUUUUUACUGAGAAGAUGGAAACACGAAGACAGACCAUGGAGAGUAGUAGAAGUGGUAAUAGUAACGGAGGAUCAACUAUUAACGGGAAACCUUCCCAAGAUUCCAACGGCGGUUACAACUUCUCCAAACUAACUGAUAAUGCUUGGAGCCAUAGGAGAAGGUUCUCUUUAGCCUGGGGUGAGUUCGCACUUAAUUUGGAAGAUUCCACUGGAUCACUCAAACGUAGAGUCUCCGGACAAUACAGAAGAAUCUCUGAUUUAUCCUCAAAUGGUAGCUUGCGAAAUAAUCAGAAACAUGAUAGGGAUAGCGAGGGGACAGCUUUGGGUUCUGAACAGGAGAGUGUGAUAACAGGUCGCAAUACCAAGAGCCCGAGGUGCGCCCAAUAUACAACAGCUCCAUUGAGCUUGAGGUCAAGUCUUUCUAAAAACGGUAGCAACCACGAUAUGGAGAUCAGACCAGCAAAGAGCACUAAAGAGCUUACGUUCGAGAUAGACAGAUUACAAACAGAGGAAGCAAGACGGUCCCCCUCUUGCUGCAUCAGCUACUCUGGCGGAGACGAGAUAUCCUCCUCACCCAUCAGCACCCUCUUCCUCAACAUCACCCCUCGCUCCGGGGCUAGCGAAGCCUCACCGAGAGCACCCGCCAGCAAGUCAGAAAAAUGUGUUAGAAAACAGUUUGACGUCAUAUUGAAGACAAUAACCGGUUGUGUGACAGAGUUUGUGUUGUUUACCCUGGCUUGGACAGUAGUGUACGUGGUGACGGGCAUCUUGAAGCUGAACUGCCCGGUGAACACUGUCAUGAUAAUACUGGUACAUACCAUUGUUACCAGUGUCCUAUAUUCAGCUAGCUACACCAGCUAUUAUAAUAAAGCCCUGAGAGCAAAGGCAAAGUUUGGGUCCCGUUCUCGUUAAAACGUGGGGUAAAAGGAAAAAUAAAAAGGCUGCAACAUUUCAUUCACGGAAAUCAAAAAAGAAUGUUGGACAUAAAUUGCAUUUGUGUCAAAUGAAGGGUGGAUGAGAAUUUUAAUUAUUUCCAGAUAUUUUAAUAUUUUAUAUGUUACAGUGAAACCUCAAUCGCAUGGUUUGUUGUUUCAUUGAUUAUGUACAUGGUUUCAUUUUUUAAGGAGCCCGAGAUAAGGUUCCCAUUCUUUAACCCAGGAUGGAAUGAACAAAUACUUAAAUACCGCUGUUACGUUACUGCUAGCUGACUUGUUAUUCAUUAAGGACAGAGGGGGUUCUACAAUAAAUAUUGAGUGGUAAAGUAUCACUGAACGCCCCUUUCUGACCUUAAUUUGUUUUAUUUUUUGUUUUUAUUUUUUCGACUGACUCAUCGGUCAUUUAAUUGACUGAUCAUUGAUUAUAAGUUAAGUACAUGUUCAAUCGAGAUGGGUAUGUUGAUUUUCAGAUAAUUGUUCAGGAGGUGCUAUGUGUUAAACUAACCUUCUAUCAGAAUAUUUUUCAUGUUGACAUGUGUUAAAUCUUUGAAUUGUGAUCCAAUUAUCC